AUAGAUGCUGGGUCGCGCUUCACCAACACAGAUAUCUGUGAAGAAACAAACAGGGAAUACAUACUUGGUUUAUAAGGAACUAUUUAUUCGGUUCCCCUGAACAUGAAUGUCUGUGUUGAUGAAGAUGAGGUGGCCGGCCAAGCUCAGGUUGUGCGCCUUCGGUCGUUUUUGAUCUCGGUCGGGGACUUGUCCAUGGACCCCCCGGUGCCCUCGAGCCUUGAGUGCUGUUCCUCUCGAGAUUUCCCUGUGACCAACUUCAACCCCCAACAGCUCGAGCGAAAAAAAAUUCCGUGUUACUUGGCCAGUCAACUAGAAUCGAUCAUGUUCGGAGAUGGAGAUGGUGGAAUCCAGCAUGCUUGCCAAAGAUGCAAACAGCCACUGCGAAUGGAGGAAUCGUUUGCCGACCUGGCCCCAUCAGCUUACGAUCUCAACAUGUCAUCCCUGUCGGACCGUAGCGGCAGUAUGGUAUAUCUGAAAUCACACCAAAAUGAUCCACCUCUUCGCAAUCAGCAGCUUACAUCCAGACCGAAUCAUGCCACCCUUCAUCCGAAUUCCAAUAGGGGUCGCGUGCCUCCGCAACCAAACCAACCACCGCACUUCCGAGCGAACAAUCCUGCACGAUUGCCAACCUCCUCAAGCUUAUCAACUAACAGAGAUUCUCCAUCAAGCCAGUCUACUGUAAGUAGUCAUCACCCUGGGCCUGCCGAAAGCUUUGUGGUCCUGUCAGAAAGCACAUUAGGAGCUGCACGCGCUCAGCCAGAUCUUCAGGGUGAUCAUUCACCGUCACCGAAACCACAAGAUCAGUCUCAAGCUAGCUCAGUCAGACAUCCUUCACCAAACAUCAACAAUCGCGUCUUUAAACUAGCCGAACUUCUUUCAGGCAAUCCUGCCAAUUUCCAACAUCCGCUCUGUACCGAGUGCACCGACAAACUACUGGAGUGGAUGCACAAUCAACUUCAAUCGGCCAAAUCUAACAGAGACCGUUAUGCAAUCUUCGAACGAGAACUCAAUCGAGAAAAAAGCGCAGCCGCCGAAGGAUCCUACGAAAGCUGUAAGAAGAUCAAACAAGACAUUGAGGAACUGAAAAUUAGAGAAUCUGUAGCUGUUCAAAAGCUGAGACAAACGGAGUCAGAAUGUGAAAAGUUCGAGGCGGAAUUACGAGAGAUUGAAAGACUGGAAUCCGAACAGGAUAAAGAGGAAGAACAGUUUUGGGAUGAUUACAACCAAUAUUUACUUGAAUCUGAAGAAAUUCAAUCUCAAUUGGAUUCAGUCACCACCCGAUAUCGCAAUGAUCAAAAUGAAUUGGCCAAACUCAAAGCGACCAACGUCUAUAAGGAUGCAUUUUGCAUUGGAUGUGAAACAGGGGUGGGUACCAUUAAUGGCUUACGAUUAGGGAGGCUGACCGAUGUUCCGGUUGAAUGGGUGGAGAUCAAUGCGGCUUGGGGCCAUACCGCUCUAUUGCUCCAGACCCUGUGCAAGCGGAUGAAGUUCACUCUUGAUGGAUACCGCUUGAUACCAAUGGGUUCAUUUUCACGGAUCGAACGCACGAAAGGUGACAAAUCAUGUCUAGAACUGUUUGGAUCAGACGAUUUUGCAUUGGCUCGAAUGCUACACAAUCGACGGUUUGAUAACGCGAUGGUAGACUUUCUGGAGUGUUUGAGACAGGUAUCGGAGGAAGUAAUCAGGCGAAACCCUCAGACAAAGAUCCCCUUUCGUGUUCACAAGGACAAGAUUGGGGAGGCCUCUAUCAAACUGUCCUUCUCCUCAGAUGAAGCUUGGACGAGUGCACUCAGACACGUCCUAUUCACAUUGAAAAUCAUGAAUGCGGCAUUGGAUCAUAUAUCAAAUUGAAAAUUGAUAGAUUAUUUAGUAAUCUGUAUUUAUAGAUCACUAGUAUAUGCCCCCAAAUUUGGGGAGGCUGCUUGUUUUUGCCCCGGAUGUUGGGUUCUACUCGAUGACCUAUGGGGUUUUCUUGAGUUGGACACCUGUCUGCCUCGGUCUAAUGCUGGCGUCGACAAAUCCAACAAAUGUGAAUUGGAGGUUGACAGGCGUUAGAUUGCAUGACAGUUUGUUUGGGCCUCUGAGGCUAUUUUUUUAGUUAUAUGUAGAUAGUGAUUGAAUUAAUCAAUUUUAAUCAUGUGUAUUUGAAGCUUAUUGGAGAAAUACCCCGCUACUUAUGCGACUUUGAAAAAAC